GGUCGUUAUCAGCCGCAGUCUGAUACCGAUGAACAGGUGAAUCGCUGAUGUUCGGCCGUAUAUCGACUCAGUCCAAAGUUAUCUUUGCUCGUGAAACCUAGUGAUUCCAUUGAAGAACAGUUGGAAAUGGCCUUCAGAGAUGUAGUUCGCGGCGUAACAGACGUCAUCCUGAACAACAAGUUGAUCACCUUUCUAAGCGUGGCGCUAUUCGCAUUCAUCAUAACGACCAUAGUUUUGGCAGAGGCGAACAACAGUAAUGCGGAUGCUUUAGCUGGCUGCGAGCAUAAAUUAUGGAUAGCAACAUCGACCGUGGCUCCGGCGACGACUACGCUUGCAUCGGAGACUACUACCGCCGUGACUGAAGCCUCUACUACUACAACUGUAGUAGCACCCACUACCGAAGAAUCGAAUCCAGAUGUGCCAGGUCGUUAACUUCACAUUAGUUAAUUAACUGUCAUGAAGUUUAAAAUAACCGAAUCGGUUCAAACUAGCCAAUAAGACGAUAAUUGUGGGGAGAAAUCAUCAAACAUAUGCCAAAUAAACGCGAUAAGAUUCCAGAA